AUGUCCGAAGAGUCCAAGGAGAUUCGUGCGGCCGUUUACGCGUCAUUGGGCAUGGGCGGCUUAAUUGACUGGGCCAGUGACAUGCAAGUCUUCAACGAUCCCCCGCCACCGAGCAAGAGCUGGAAUGAAGAGCCAGACAGCCACAUCGCCAAGAUCAAAGCUGGGGAAAACCCAAAGCUCAACAACACCGUGUCAACGCCUCCAGGAAGGUGGAAAACGUACAGCUGCACGCAUCAGGCUAUCACGGAUCUGUACACGGUUGGCUCUCCAUCAUACCGUUGGCACACUCUAGACACGGAUACUGCAUGGAGGGAGGGCAUCAAGCUUUACAAAGAGACAUUCAGACCUCGGAGGAGGAAGCUGAUGGAGAGAUUGGAGCAGAUCUUCCGAUUGGGGUCCAGCCCCAAAUGCUACUCGUUUUUAUUGACGGGAGACAACUGCGACAACGCAAUUGAAUGCGAGAAGGGCUUGGACGAAGAAAAGUCCGGACCGGCAGCGAAGCUAAUUUUUGACGCUCUUAUAUACAUCCACCAGAUGCACCACGAAUACCACAACAGCCUCGUUGCUGCCGCCGCCUUUGUAACCCCCAAGCUCAACAGCAUGCACGACGAUUUUGCCCCCAUCCCGCCACCCAAGGACGAUGACAAGUGGGUCAAAAUCCUACUGGACCUCGUCGGCUUGGGGACCCUCACAGUGGCCGCACCGUUCUUCAACAACUUCCUGAGAACCCUUCCCUACUUCAUUCCACGCGAGAGCUCAUUGAACAACGCAAAGGAUUUAACUAUGGGCUUCAUUGGUACCACCACGUCGAUUGCCAAGGAGCUAUUGCCUCCAGCGAAAGGAACCGACUGGAAUCCCCAAGCCCAGAACAAGUUCUCGAGCUAUUUGGGCGAGGUUCUCGACGGCUGGUCCCAUGCUUCUGAAAAGUCACUGUUGCGUUUCUUUGACGUCCCAGAUGAUGCCGCACUUGAUCAGCUGUGGGAUAUGAUCAAGAAUGGACAAUUGAGUGAAGGGAAAAUUGACGACAACGUGGUGCGACCGGACAAGCCGACGGCCAGCACAAUGCGAGACAGAAUUACCAAGACGAUUUUCGGUUUUGGUAGUCCGCAUCUUUGGCGCUUUUCCAAAUCAUACGCCUUCAUUCUUGACUCCGGUGCCGAAUGCAAUGCCAACAAGCCAGUAUCGGAUUACCUCUCGGAUGACACGAUGAAUACGGCGGCCCGCAUAUGCUCGGAAGGCGGAGAUUGCAAUUGGGCCAAGUUCAUACUGCCGCCUGGAUUCGGCUCUAUCAGUGAAUACGGUGGAGUGACCAAGGAAGAUUUGAUCUUUGGGUCUGUCAAUAAAUGGGUUGCCAAUGGCCGCCAAAACGGCGAUCCUCUUGCGGGCAGUCCCAAUGUCUUCGACUCAAACGUCAAGAAGGACCUGUAUGAUCUCAACAUCAGGAUACCGGGAUUCAUGAAGCUCCCUAUUUGCUCUCCGGAGCGAGCGAGGCAGACUUGGGACAGCAGUGCACACGGUUCCACACCAAAUUGGCCUUGUGACGUUCCCCCGGGGCGUGGCUACUGUGGCAUGUCCACCUUUGAGGACCGAACCCACGGCGGCUCCCCCUUGAUCUCUGAUUGUCUCCAGAUCAUCCGCAACAUCGAAGGAGACGGCACUACCGAGUGGAGACACCAGAUGGCCGACGAGCCGCACCGAGAGAUUCUCAGUUUUGGGUCUUGCCGGUUCGGAAUCGAGGCAACGCAUAUAGGAUUGAACGUCGAUUUCCGGGUGGGCGGGCAGGAUGUCAUCGACAUCAUCAACGAUUCGGUGCAGAAGUUCGGCAAGAACGGGCGAGUGGCUGCCAGAGGCGAGAUGGAGUGCUCGGGUAGCAGCAAUGGCCAGGGUGUGUUGUGGGGUAUUUAUGGAGGUACUUAA